CUCUCUCUCUCUCUAGGUGGUGAAUCAGACCCAGAUGGAGAGGAGAAAAACAAUAGGGGGUAUUGAUUUUGAAACAAUUGCAGCCUCUCAAGCUGAUGAAAAGAGGAGGUCAAUUGCAGAUUUCAGAGACAGCUCCUUCAACCAAACCAAAGAGAAACUGUGUGUCUCAGUCAAAGCUAUGUCCGCUCUCUAUCUGUCAAAGGCGGUACCUCAGGAUUCAACACGCAGCCUUUCAAAACCGGCCCAAGGUCAGUCCUCUGAAUCUGGGAAAAGAAUCAAUCUAACCAAGACAAAUAACUCAAUGAUGAGAAUGUUAAUCUGCUCUUCUAAGAUGGCCGAAGAAUCCCAACAAAGGAAAGACGGUCUCCCUGCACCUCCUCCAGCCAGUCAUAAGCCAAGACCAGAAGGCAUCUCUGAGGCACGUUCCCCACAGCCCAUGCCAUUCCAACUUUCCAAAGAAAAGCUACACCAACAGCGGCAGAAAUGUGAGCUGAGAAGGCUCAUGAAGCACACUCACCCAGAGCUGAAGAUGUUAGAUGAAGUUGUGGAUGAGGAGCUUGCUGAGGUUUUGAGCUCGGAGACUGGGGUGACAGCUGGCGAAACCGUAUACGGGGUAGAGGUCCUUUCAAGAUGCUUGAUAUUUGAGAACUGUGCCCUGAGUAACAAAGUAUCUCCUUCCACCCCCAAGAUGCACAAGGUGAUGGGGAAAGCGGAAAGAGACGAUGUCACUAAAACAUCUGUUGUGUUUGAGGAGCAUGAAGAGAAGCCAUGUAAUGAAAGUGAUGAAGGGAUCAUGGAGGAUGACAAAAGGCGUGGGUCUAGUCCAGAUCCUAAAAGAGAGUGUGAUGAGAAAAUGAUAAGAAUAGAUGUUCAGGCUACCAAAAAGAUAUUUGAGAGUCAAACUGUGGACACAUCCACAGUAAGUCCAGAUAAUAAGUUCCAGGGGAAAGUUUCUAUUUCCGGGGAUGAGACAGGGGCAGUCCUAAAACGAAAACAGGAGUUUGAAAUGUGUAGCAAAUAUAAUUUACACAGUAAAAACCAAAGCAAUGCAUGUCCGAAAAGUCUUGAUUUGACAAAUCAGCCCAAUAAACAGGGCCCAUGUGUUCAUAUCGUUGGUCAAGGCACUGACCAUGAGUUUUCACUUAGGGAAGAUGUUUCUCCUGGGGAAACAGUCUUUGAGGGUGAGCCUACGAGCAAUCUUGAUCCAGAAGGGUUCGGGGAAAAAAUCAAAACGAGUGCAGCUCUUUUCCAAAACAACCCAUUUAUACCAACAAACAUAGAAAGAGAGCAUUGCUUUAUGAAUACAUCAACAUCACAAAGCCCAGCAGGAGAGAGUGGGGCAGCUCAGGACUAUGUGAUAACUAACGUCAAGAACAGAACCCACUUGUUUGAAUCAAUGCCAUUUGACAAAAUUGGGCAUCAGAGCAAGGACGACAUUGAGACGAUGGUGGAGAACAUCAAGGAAAUACUGAAUUCCCUUCAUCAUGGCAAUGCCAUACAUUCAGAUGGCUCAAUCAUUGAGGUAAAUGAGACAAUGAUAGCCAAAAAGGCCAAAUUCACACUGUCAGAGAGUGGGCCCAAGAUCAAAUACGACGAGGUGGCUGAAGGUGGUGCACAAAACUUCAUCCUCCAGUUGCUACCACGGGCAAACCUAAAGCCUCAGAUCACGUACCUAAAGGAGGAUAGUAAAGGAAGUAUGAAGGCCACAGUAGUCAAUGUACUCAUACACCAGCAUCACUUCCCUACCAACCAAGACACAGAGUUUAAAACUGUCAAUGUGGUUCAGCUUGUUGAGGAUAUUCUCAAUCAAGAUAACUCUCUGCGGAAAGGAGUAGUUAUCCAAGAGGAUGUGGACAGAUGUCCUGAAGUCAUUGUUUACUCUCUCUACAAUUACUAUGAUGAGGAAGAUGUGAAAAGUUAUUAUCCUCAACAAGGUGCAGAGUAUGAUGAACCAGAGCCAGAAAGAGGUGAUGUGAAUACCACAGACAAUAAAGAACUAAGAAAGGGGGUCAUUAAAUCAACCAUAAGCUGCCUUCUGGAAACUCCUAAAGAACAAACUUGCCAUGAAUCCAUACGGCCUGAAAUCACAGUAAAAGGGAAUGUAAAACUGUUCAGGAGUUGUAUUGAAAAGGGAGAUUUGGAGUAUUUGAAAACUCUUCAGGCUGAGCCAACAGAACAAGAACUCCCUCCAAACCCAAAUGUGGUUGGACAAGGAAUAGAGCUUCAUCAUGAACAGAGCGGUGAUCAAGCAGAGGAGAAUUCAGAAUGGGUCCCAGUGGAUGUUCAGAGACUGAGAAACAUUUUCUCUGGAGAUCAAAGACCAACCCAACCAAAGCAAAAUACAUGUGAAAACUGUGCCCAAUCUGCCUCUAUUUAUUGUGCAUUCACAGGUCAGAAUGUGCCACAGGGACCAUAUCUGCAUAUUAAGACACAGGACACUGGCAGGGUGCACCAGGCUGAAUUCGUUGAGGUGGUACAUGACAAUGACAAGAUAUCUAACCUCCAAACUGCAAUACAUUGCCUCCAACAGGCCACAUCUUUGAAACACCCAUCACAAGAAAAACAUGAAUUCCUUAUUCAAGAGCCUGUUGUCUCAGUUACAGCAGAUGUCAUACAAACAGAAGAAUACAAAAAAAAUAAUUACGACCAGAGAAAGGACCCGUGCACUGAGCCAACGUGGGAUGAAUUCCCAUCAAUCUCCAACAUCACCUCAGAACAUAAAUCACAUCACCAACAUGAGAAUACAGAGACAAGCCGUAGAGACACUCAUUGUGAAGCAGUAACAACUACUGAGACAUGCAGCAAAAUGGGUGAAAAAGGCUCAGAUGUGGUCCAGAAACAUCCCUUUCAAGUUGCGGUGGUGUCUAGUCCAGAAACCACCGCUGCAGAGCAAGAGGAUGAGGAAGUUGUUUUCCAGGGUAAACUUCAAGCAGCUUUGGAUUCCCUAGAGAAAUCCAACAUCAACGUCAGUAAAGGAGACUUCAGAGCAGCUAUGAUUUAUAGAAAUGUGUCCAAACCUCACAAAGAAAGAUUAGAAUAUGUGGACGCAGUGUCUGCUCAAAAGCCCACUAAGGAGGAGUUUUGUCCUGUGACUGAAUCUAAAUCAACUCAAGCGCCACUGAGACAAAAGGUCUCCAAAGAGCACGUGACUGCAGAGCCCCCAAGUCAAAGUGAAACCCCAAAUAAACUGGUUACAAUUGCUGUCUCAGAGAAAAGCAGAGGGCCUUUUGGUCCAAAGCCUAACAUCCCACCUAAGCCGGAGCAUUUGAAAGUAAAACAAAGAGAGAGUCAACCAACCAACACAAAGAAUCCAGAGACAACCCAAACUACUACUAUGAAACCUGAAGACACAGUUCCUCAAACAUUGCCAAUGACAUCAAUGUCAUGUAAGGAUGAACAGAAGCAAGGCCAGUUCAAAAUUAACACUGGUGCAGACUCAGGGCCUGAUUUAGUGGAUCAUCAGGGAAAUACGCUUUUUAGUGAAGCUAUACAUAGAUCUUCAGUCGAUGUCUUAGAAAGUGAUAAUGAUAAUAAUAGCAUUAAGUUACAACAGGAUUUAAAUGCCAAAGCAGAAAAGAAAAGUGCCCAGGACCUCCCAAACAAAGACGAUAUGAAGGAAACAGAUGAAAGCCAUGUAGAUUUUCAUGAAGCAUGUAAGAAAUUUGGAGGUAAAAAGACAUGUUCAGCAAAGAAUGCUCCCGUAAUGCCAAAAAGAGUUAAAAUUGCUCAGCUUGACAACAAAAAAACCCAAAAUAUGUCUGGAGAUAAUUCCUCAUUUCUCCCAUAUGGGGUUGAGGAACCUCAACAAACUCUAACGGGUCCAUCAGCCAAUAACCCAAACACCUGUGGGCAAACUGCUGACAGCAAAGACACACUCAAGAAAGAAAUUAAACACAAAAGCAAAGUUGAAAUGAGGGGAAAAAAAGGCCGAACGGAGACAGAGGACGAACGCCGACAGCGGCUGUCAGUUCACAUGGAUGAAAUCAUGAGAGGGAACAUCACAGCAGCCAUGGUAAUUGUGGACAACUUGCGAAAGCAGGAGGAACUGCACAGCAUUCUCAGUCGAGUUAAAGAAAUUGAACAGGACACAAGUGAGGUUGAUGUAAGGUCUCUGAAGGGAGUCUUCGAGAAUGUCCCUGACUGGGUUGUCAGCUCAGACCAAAUCAAACAAAAGAAGGCAAAAGUAGAAAACCAAGAAGAGAGGUUGCCACUCGAGAAAGACAGCACUGAGAGCAAGUCUUCAAUGGCACAUGUUUUUGGAGAUCUUGAGCGAGCCAGUGAGGAAAUCAUGAAUCUAAAAGAACAGACUUUAGCCAGACUUGUAGACAUAGAGGAAGCAAUAAAGAAGGCUCUUUAUUCCGUCUCUACCCUGAAAUCGGACUCAGAUAUUGCUGGAUUAUCAUGCCUGUUCAAAGAGUCCCUAGAGACCGAGCAAGGCUCCCCACCCUCUUGUAGUAUUAGCAAAAUUAGCAUUGGGUCAAGCCAAACUAAAUCAUUGCAGACACAGGAAAGCCCCAAAGCUCAGGCGGGCGUUGCUCCACCAGCUAGCCAGAGGGCAAGACUUGAAGUAGCACCUGCAAAACAACGAGCAAGUCCUCCAUCUUCUCCCGCCUUCAUCUCCAUCCAGUCGGCCGCUAGAAAGACCGAUAAAUCCGAGUUGCUUCCUCCAGAGACCACAAUCUGCUCGACAUGUCAGAACAGCCCAAAAUCAGAGGAGAAAUUCCAGACCACUAAAACCCUGACGUGCAACAGUUCCGCUCAAACCAGGAAAAGGGAGCCACGAAAAGGAGGUCAAAAACAAUCGACCCACAACCCGAAAAGAGAGCUCAGUGUACUGGAGGUGCAGACUGACAGUGAGGGGAACAGUAUUAUGGGCACCAAAACAGUCACGGAGAACUAUGAGAAGACCGACAACUCUGAAAAACAGUUUUAUUCUUCCAAAACCUCCACUGUUGUCACUGGUCAGCCAGAAGCGACAACACCCCAGAUCAAGCUCCCAGAAGUUCAGCUGCCCAUCAAUCAGAACCCGUAA